AUGAACUUCACCAAGAAGCUCGACCGUGCCGUGCAAUGGGCCGGCGAAAAGAUGGGCGGCGAGGCCAAGACGGCCAUGUCGGACGACUUCAAGAUGCUGGAGACGGAAAUGAACCUCCGCUACGACGGCAUGGACCGCCUACAAAAGUCCAUGACCGCCUACGUCAAGUGGGUGGGCCGCCGCGGCGAGACGUUUGACGACAAGGAAAAGGGCCUGCCGAUCAGCUACCUGGGCCGUACGAUGACGAACCACGGCGAAGACUUUGAACACAACUCGGAGUUUGGCAACUGCCUGACCAGCCUCGGUCGGGCCAACGAGCGCCUGGCUUCGGCCCAAGAGCGCUAUGUGGCCGACGCCACGGCGACGUGGCUGGAGUCACUGGAGCGGAGCCUUGCGAUGAUGAAGGAGUACCAGGCCGCCCGCAAGAAGCUCGAGAACCGCCGCCUGGCAUAUGAUGCCAGCAUUGGCCGCAUGCAAAAGGCCAAACGGGACGAUUUCCGUGUCGAAGAGGAGCUGCGCACGAACCGCGCCAAGUACGAAGAGAGCAGCGAAGAUGUCAUGCGCCGCAUGCAAGACAUCAAGGACGCCGAGGUCGACAGCAUUCGCGAUCUGACAGGGUUCCUGGACUGCGAACUUGACUACCACGAGCGCUGCGUGGAGGAGCUGCGUCGCGUCAAGCGUUCGUGGCCCGGAACGGCGACCGCUGCCGCUGCUGCCAACGGAUCGCUGCCAAGCAACUUUGGUGGCCGUAGCCGGUCGAACACGGCACGGUCGUACAACAACGAGCGAAACCCACCCUACGGCAGCCGCGCUGGCGCUGGUGCUGCUGGCGACUCGUCGUACAUGGACGAAGAGCCGGAGCCGCUGCCUGUCCGCAUGCCUAACCGCGCCAACACAAACACCCUUCGCUCCGCCAACGACUCGCCGCCCCAAAAGCCUGCCCGGCCAGCAGUCGCCCGGGCCAACUCGUUCCAGCCCGGUAGCAACGGCCCCGCCGCCGCCAACGGACCGCCCACGACGUUCUCGACAUACAACAACAACCUCAUGAGUGCUACCGCUAGCCCUGCGGCAAUCACCUCGCUCCGCACCGGGCUGCGCCCCGUCGGACGGAUCCAGACGACCAACGGGCACCCAUCCAACGGCAACGUUUUCGCCGACGAUAACGACGACACCAGUGUCGGCAGCGGCAGCGGCAGCGGCAGCCCAGAGUGGGGUGAGCGCAGCGCGUCGCCGGCGACCAGCUUUGGCAGUCUGAGCCGGAGCACGAGCAAUGUGGCCAUGUCCUCUGGCGGAGCGGUCCGCAAGGCGCCGCCUCCGCCGCCGCCCAACCGCAACAAGAAGCCCCCACCGCCGGUCCCAGCGCCACGACGGGAGACUAACUACUAG